AUGGAUUUGCGGCGCCGAACUGCGGAAGCAGCUUUGGAAAAAGCUGGGAGCCUGUGGGGUGAGGGGAGUGACAAUGAAGGGUGCUUUGGUGGUGGUGGUGGUGGUGGUGGUGGUUAUGGUAAUGGUUCAAACAAUCCUGCAUUGUGGGGAGAUCCCGAGGAGAAUGCAGAGGCAGCAGCUGCUGAGGCUCGGUAUCACAGGUUCGGGUCCCAAUCCGACAGGUUUGGUGCCGGGCCAUGGGGAGCUGAUGAUGCUUGGAAGGAUGACGUGGCAGCUCAGAUGAAGAAUAGGAUGAGGAGGGACGAGGAGAGCCACCGGGCGGCAGUUUUUGGAGCGAAGCAGGAGGAGAAAGAGGACAAGAGAAGACGGUGGGAGGAGGAGAGGAAGGUACGGGAGGAAGAAGCAAGGAAGGUUCUGGAAGCAGAACAGGCCAAGGAUAAGGCCUGGAGAGCAGCGAUCAAGGAGCAAGUACAGAAAAAGAAGGUGGUACAGAAGCAAGAGGAUUACGAUGAGAGAUGGAAGAGAUUUGCCAAGUCAUGCGACAUGGGUAUCACCAUGGCUGAUGUGCCGUUCCCUGUGGUGGGUGGGGGAGAGGAGGAGCUGAAGCAUGUGAUUCUGCAUGGCGUGCCAAAGGAGCAGCACCGGAAGAGGAUGAGGGAGGAGGUGGUGCGAUGGCACCCUGACAAGUUUAUGCAGAAGUGGGGGUUACGGCUACACGACAAGCACCGGAGCAGCAUUGAAAAGCGAGAGGACUUUUUAACAUCCAUCGGUCGAAUCAACGCCGCCCUGUCGCUGCUGCAGCUGGAGCUGCGGGCGGCAGCCGACCAGGCGGACGGCGGGCUUUGGUACGGAGUGGUCAACCGGGCGGCAGACAGCCAGGGCAAGCUGGGCACGACGUACAGCCACGAGGAGAUCCAGUACUUCAAAUGCCUGGUGGAGCACGUGCCCAACCCAACUCAAGACCCCCUCUCCCCAUCGUCCUCGCAACCUCCCCUCUCCCCGCCUGCCGCCCGCACACACACCCUCUCACUAACUGACAAAGAGCGACUGAUCGCUGACCUGGCGGACAACCAUUGGCUCAGCGUCUCGAGUGAUUCAAGAGAUGGCAGUAGUGGCGGCGGCAGCAGCAGCGGUGGCGGCGGUGGUAGCGGUAGUGGUGGUGGGAGGAGGGGGGUGCAAGGGAGUGUGGGUCUGGGCGUGAGAACGUAUUUGGAGCUACAGCAGUAUCUGAAGAGCAUAGAAGGGGUGGUGGUGUGCGACGUGUGCCAUGAUGCUGCUGUGAAGGCUGUGUGCUGUGUGUCCCCGGGCUGUGAAUACCACCUGCACCAGUACUGCAUGCCCGCCAAGUUCCAUCGAGUCAAGGUGGGUCAACGCAAAAUCCCAAGUGCCCCCAAUGCGAUGCGCCCUGGCCUUCCAGGGCGGACGAACCUGCACCACCCAGCCAAUCCCAAGCGGCUGGACGAGGGGGGGGCGCAGAUAGGAGGAGGCGGGCAGGAAAGCGGAUAG